GUGUUUUCUUGGCAUGUGACUGGUUUGUCUGAUAAGAUAGAGGAAGGUGGGAUUUCUGUGCCAACAACGCUUCUUAUCUGUUCAUUGAUGCUGCAUCUCUAGAGCAUACAGAAAUGCUGAAGAUAUCUAUAGGUUUGGAUAAUAACUGCCAGCUAAUGUCUAGGGCCAGUACUACUCACUCGCCCUCGCGAUGUCCGCCGAGCCCGCUGACGCCCGACCAGAUGGACAUGAAAGUAGAGCAGAGCUGUCUGAUCUGCCUCGGGAUAUAUUCUGGAUGCUGCUGAGCUACUUGGACCCAUGGGACAUUGUGCGUUGCCGUCGUGUCUCGAGAUCCUGGAACGAUGCCUUUAGAAAUCCUGACAAUCUGGUGGCUGUGGUCAAGAGGUUUUUCCCUCGGGCAAAAGAAGUCAGGAACCUACAAGGCGAAGGCGGAUUAGACCCCGACUGGCGGGCUAUUUUCGACCGACUCGCCUGUCGAUAUUAUCAUUUGGCGCGUGCGAAACCCAGAACAAUCAAGAAAUACCGACUGUGUCAUCCCUAUGGGACUUCGGGAGAUCGAGAGUGGUUUCCGGUCCAACCCUGGGAAUACCACGCCAGCCAUGCGUGUCAACGGGUGGAUGAACCUCUCCCAGAGGGAUUCUGGACCUACGAAGAUGGUCUAGUAGUGUAUCCCAGUGCAGACCAUAGGUGUCUCGUCCUGCUUGACCUCGAGACCGAUCAGAAAACAAUAGUGCCUUUCCUGACAGCAGGGAAAGUCGUUCGACGGGUGAGACUGCAACAGAAAGUCCUAGUGGUUGAGUGGGCAGAACCUAAAGCCUUUCACUGGCUGAACGAUGUAGAUGGUGUUCAUCGUCAUUUUGCCUCGUCGUUCGACGUCGUCAGAGGCUCCUCCGGCUGGAAGAUUGUCUUCCGCAACGAAUGGAAGAUCAUGUUCCUGGGGCACCCACUCAGUGAACGAGAUCGCUUUUUCUCUUCUCAUAGCAAAACUCACUACAUCAUAUACAUAUGGCAGCCGAACCGCAGCCUGUAUACUGCAGAUGAAGAUGCGCCCAUUGAAUCCCUAUUCGUAUGGGACAUCUCCCAGCCAUCGUCAUACCGACCAUCCCUCGAUCCAACCGGCCGUUUAAAAGAGGAGGAGAAAACAGACGGCCCGUCGAUUAUCUCGCGAUUUGGCUUCCGUGAGCUAGGCUUCUACUCUGUUCGACAAAGAGGAUUGCCCGGUGUACAGCGAUUGGAUAUCACGGAUGAUGCACUUCAUGUAGAGAUCACUGAAAAUAUCUGUGACAGCCCUGUCGAUUACUCAAUCUGGCCGGCCGGUCUGACCUCUCAGGUACACACUACUAGCAUCCCUAUCCUUGGAGAGGGGCCUUGCUGGCGACGAGACCCUGGGGUGAAGUUUCCUCCGUACCGUGGCAGUGGGAGCUUGCAAACAUCGCCUCUCACCGCAAAUGAGACGGCUCAACGAUGGUAUACAGUGGUUUCUCAAGCAGUGGAUGACGAGGCUGGCGUCCGUUUCUGCCUAUAUAAUCCUCGCGCCCCGUGGCAGGAUGACUUGGACCUGACGCUCAGCAUCGAAACCCCAUUUUCAACCAUCAUCUUGCAACAAGCCUUGAAGAUUUUCCCCUUCGGAAAGAUUUCCGGUAGCGAGCGGUUUUUGGUCGGUCAAGGGGCCGACAACGAACUCCUCAUCUUGCGAUUUGACUGAAUUGUAUUCUUAUCAACGCAGGAUAGACAGUGCCGAGUCAGAAAUGGUCUUGAUAGUAGCAAGAGGGCAACUGAAUACUACAAUUCAUAUGCUUAGUCGUGCAACCGCACGUUAUAUUCGACAUGCAAAUUCCACAAUACGGGAUUUCAUUCAGUUGUAAGUAGAACCAUAGGCCCGGCUACCUAGAUACAAGAGAAUAUUCGGGU